AUGGGGGAGCGGCGUACGGCGUGCCGGGGGCGGGGCCGGAAGUCCCCGCCGGCGUGUUGGAGCUGCGGCUGCUUCUCGGCCAGUGCGUGCGGGCGCUGCGAGGGAGGGCGGGGCCUCCAUGGCGGCAGCACCACCGGCAGUAGCAGCGCCGCCGCCGCCGCCCGGAGCAGCCUGGCCUCCUACCGGCGCCUCGCCCGCAAUUUCGAGGAGGUCCUCCGGCGGCGCUUCCGCGGACGCACCCGGGCUUCCUGGUUGUGUCCAUCAAUUAGGAGUGGAAUAGUUGUCACAACACAAAGAAAAGCAUUAUCAGACUGUGAGACACUCCUGGAAGCUCAAAGGCACAAGCAAAAAAUGAAAGGGGAUACCGUGAAUGUGCGCCGCAGUGUCCGAGUAAAAACCAGAGUCCCCUGGAUGCCCCCUGGCAAAACAUCUUGCAGAGAGUCAUCUUACAAGUGGGAGGGACCGACCCAUCGCCUGGAAAUCACUCCUCCAGAUUCAGAUAAAUUACUGUCAGUGCUUCGCCUGAGUGACCUUUCCACCGACGAGGAGGACGCCAUUCAUUGCAAGAUGAACAAGUAUGAGAAGAAGAUCGAUAGCUUGCUGAAUGUGGUGGGCACCCUGAAAAAUGAGGUCAAGAUGCCCAAACGGGACGAUUCGCGGUGCGUGGCCAAGCGCCUCCUCGAAGAGCAAAAGGACGAGCUGGAAGAGGUCACGCAGGAACUGGUGGAGACCGAGCACGAGAACACCGUCCUCCGGCGCAAUAUCGAACGCAUGAAGGAGGAGAAAGAUCUGAGCAUACUCCAGAAGCGGCACUUAAUGCAUGAAAAGGAGUGCUUGAUGUCCAAGCUGGUGGAGGCGGAGAUGGACGGAGCGGCGGCUUCCAAGCAGAUUCAAGCCCUGAAGGACACAAUCUGCAAACUGAAAUCGGAGAAGCACAUGACGGUUUCUGACAUCAACACCCUCACAAGGCAAAAAGAGCUGCUGUUGCAGAAACUGAGUACUUUUGAAGAAACUAACCGAACUCUCCGGGAUCUGCUUCGGGAGCAACAGGGUCGGGAGAAAGAUUCUCAUAAAUUAGCAGAGCAACAAGCGGCACUCAUGAAAAGGCUGGCUGAUUCAGAUGCAGAGAAAGCGCAAUUGUUGAAGAAGUUACAAGAGAAAGAGAAGGAAGUGGAUGAUCUGUUGGUUCAGAUCCAGACGGAAAAGGACCAAGCCAAGACUGCGGCUGAGCUCACGAAAUCUAUGGAAGCUGUGAGGGGACAUUUGCAAGUGCAGCUGCGGAAUAAGGAAGCGGAGAAUCACCGCUUGGGGAUCCAGAUUCGGAAUCUCGAGCGCAUUGCGGCGCAGCAUAAGGCCGAAGUGGAGAACAUCAUGGAGCAACUAAAGGAGCUGAAGGCCAAAGGGGAUCGGGACAAGGAGAGCCUGAAAAAGGCCAUCAAAGCCCAGAAAGAACGAGCAGAACGGAGUGAAGAAUACGCUGAUCAGCUCAAUGCCCAGCUCGCAGAAAAGGAUACCUAUGUCGCCGAGGCCUUGUCCACUUUGGAGUCGUGGAGGAGCCGCUACAACCAGGUGGUGAAAGACAAAAGCGACCUGGAGGUGGAGAUCGUGAUGUUGAACAACCGCAUUUCAGACCUGGUGGACCAGCAGGCCGCCAUGGAGGACAAGAUGCGGGAAGACCGAGACGCCAUGGUUGACAAGCUCCACCGGCAUGCCACCGAGAGCACCUCCAUCAAAAUGGAGAACGAGAGGCUGAAGAAUAGUAUGAUCCCUGUGGAGGAGAGAAUGAAUGAAGCCCAGCAAGAAAUUGCAAAACUCAAAGCCUCUCUCAAGAACUACGAAGCCAUGAUUGAAACCUAUAAGAGUCAGGUGGUGAAAACACGGAUGGAAGCGGAUGAGGUGACGGUGAAACUGGAGGCGUGCGACAAAGAGAACAAAGCUCUGAAAGAAGAAAUGGCCAAGGAGAUUGAAAAUGCCCGCAAGCAGUUCCAGAACCAGGUGGCCGAGCUGGAGAAGCUUCCCGAGAUCUUGAAGAUCACCGAGACGAAGCUGGCCGAGUGCCAGGACCAGCUCAAGAGCUACGAGAAGAAGAACAUGGACCUGUCCGCCAUGAUUACGGACCUCCGCCAGCGGAUUGAACUCCAAGGAGACAAGAUGGAGAUGGCAAGAGAGAAAUAUCGUUUGGCCCAGGAGCAGAACAAGCAGCUGGUCCUCAAGCUGGAAGAAGUGGAGAGGAAACUUGAAGCAACAAGCAGCCAGAACAUUGAGUUCCUGCAGGUUAUUGCCAAGCGUGAGGAGUCGAUCCAUCAGUCCCAGCUGCGCCUGGAGGAGAAGACCCGGGAAUGCGGCUCUUUGGCCCGUCAGCUGGAGAUGGCCAUUGACGAUGCCAAGAGGCAGUUGGAGCAGGCGAGGGAGCGGGCGGCGACAAGGGAACGAACAGCCCAGUCUAAAAUAUUGGAUUUGGAGACUCAGCUGAGCAGGACCAAGACAGAGUUGAAUCAGAUGCGGCGGACCAAGGAUGAUGCCGAACAUCGGUACCAAAGCCGCCUCCAAGACUUGAAGGACCGCCUCGAACAGUCUGAGAGCACCAACCGCAGCAUGCAGAACUACGUCCAGUUCCUGAAGUCCUCGUACGCCAACGUCUUUGGAGACAGUGCCUUAACCAGUUCCCCCAUCCGCCCUCGAUCUCCCCUGUGACCAAACCAUUGCCCUUGCUGUUGGGUUUGUGUGUGUGUGUGCGUUUCAAAGCCAUAUCCAACUCCACAAUCUGUCAGAGUAACCAAUUUCCUUACUACCGGAAUGGAGCUGGCCACCACUCGGGGCAAAUUAUAUCCUCCCUAUUCUUCUAGUGCCUUACACAAGAUUUUUUAUUAUUAUUUCCUACUUAUGUGUGUUUGGCAUAAGUGUGCUUGUGUCACAAUUCCACGAGGUUUAAAGAUCAUGUUUUAACCAACUUUUGGAAGAGGUGUGGACAUAUUCAAGGCUGUAUGUCAGGUAUAGGAGGGAAGGGCGGCCAUUUGUUUACCUUUUUUAAAUAUUUGUAGCUGUUCUGCCCAUAACAAGACCCAUAACCCAUCGCAAGUGAAGGGAUGCACGUAACGGCAGAGUAUCUUCCUUUUCAUGGGAUCCACAGUUUGAGACUUACAUAUUCUAAAUUAUUUACUUUCUUUGUAUGCGUGACGUAGUGUUGAUUAAUGGGAUUUUAGUUGUCGGGUAUCCAUUUAAUGGUUUUGUUUGCACCCUAAUAUGUGUGUCUGUGUGACCUUUCUUCUGGGAUGAUCCUUUCCACGUGCCAAAUCUUCAUUCUAAAGCAGAUCCAGAGUUGGGUUUCCACACUCUCUUCUUGCGAGGUUUUGGAAGAAUAGAUUGUUCGUGGAAAAUCGCAAUCGUCUUCCCAAAUAUUGGUUGCUUUCAUCCUAAAUACGUGGUUGCAGGGAGGGGACAAAUCAGCCAACUGAUUGCUGUGGAGACUUAAAAAAAUAUGUAUAUAGGUUAGACCUAUAUGUGAUUUUUUAAAGACUGCUGCAAUAAAAUAAUUUUUUUGAAAGAAAA